UUGAGGAAUGUCUAUUGGAUAUGCGUAACCAAAAGAUUAUGGUUGCUGGUGCUUUUGAUUUGGAGAGGGUGUUGAAGACUAUCAAGAAAAAAACUGGUCAAAAUGCAGAAAUUUUGGUGAUGACUAAGAAAUCCGAGGCAGUUCAGACGGACGAUGAUGAAUCUGAUAAAGUCCAGACAGAUGAUGAACAUGAACUAGCUCUAGAGAAGAAUAAACCAUCUUCUUUAGUUCCAAAACAACAAGAAAAUCUUGAAAACGAGAAAAAUGAUGAUAAACCUGAGACAAGUAGUGUAAUGGAAGUCGAGUUCAAGAUACCAUUCCUAAAUGACAAAUAUGAGGUAUACAUCGAAAAGGUUAUUUCCAAAUUCGAAGGGGUUGAAACAUGUGUGGUCGAUGUUGAAAAUCAAAAGGUUGUGGUUACUGGUAGUUUUGAUCAGGAGAAAAUGUUCAAAAAACUCAAGAAAAAGAUGGAUAAAAAGAAGGAUGAAGAAUCCAAAAUCGCAGCAGAGUAAAAAGAAGAAGCUGAUAUGAGUAGAGAUAUGCAUAUGUCAAACCAGAUAGUCAUGAACUCAUGAUGAAUAGGAGAUAGCUAAAUAUAUGAUGUAUAGUGACGCAUAUCCUAACGGAUGUUGUAUUGCAUAAGGUAUUCGCAACAAGUAUCCACCAUAAGGAACUUGGCAUGGUAAUAGGUUAUAUCUUGAGACAUAUUUUAAUAUUUGAUUCAUCUUGGUAUUAUUUAAAAAGGUCUAUAAACUGAAA